GUGGACUUUUGUACAGUUAAAAUAGAAAUUGCUCAACGCGGAUUAAUGUAACUGCCAUGUUUAAACUUUCCGUAUUCCACACGGCCUUCUAAAGCAACUUCCCUCUGCGAACACAGGGGUGGUUGUCCAAAACCCGUAGCAGAAUACGCUGUUACAUGCAUUGUCCUUGACUUUUCAUGACAACUUCACAGUGGGGGCCAGUAAAGACAACUUUCCACGGCCUCUGGGCCUCCUUCAGACACACAGAGUCAGACAGCCUGGCAUGCCACCAUGGAGGGACACAACAGCCACCAGCACCACAACCUUGAGGAUCAGAACAAGCUCUACAAGCUCCCAGGACAAGAAGACCAGAGGAAUAUGCCAGCAUACCAGUACUGCUGCACGCUGGCCAACUUCCGCAUCGAGAAGAAGAUAGGCCGGGGCCAGUUCAGUGAGGUGUACAGGGCCACGUACCUGCUGGAGGGCAAGCAGGUGGCUCUGAAGAAAGUCCAGAUAUUUGAGAUGAUGGAUGCCAAGGCCCGACAGGACUGUAUUAAAGAGAUUGACCUUCUGAAGCAGUUGAAUCAUCCGAACGUCAUAAAGUACCUGGACUCCUUCAUCGAGGACAAUGAGCUGAACAUCGUGCUGGAGCUGGCGGAUGCUGGUGACCUCUCUCAGAUGAUCAAGUAUUUUAAGAAGAAGAGACGGCUCAUCCCUGAAAGGACAAUAUGGAAGUAUUUUGUCCAGCUGUGCAGCGCCUUGGAACACAUGCAUUCCCGCAGAGUAAUGCACAGAGACAUAAAGCCCGCCAACGUCUUCAUCACAGCCACAGGGGAGGUGAAGCUGGGAGACCUGGGGCUGGGACGCUUCUUCAGCUCCAAGACCACCGCUGCACAUUCCCUGGUGGGAACGCCGUACUACAUGUCUCCAGAGCGGAUCCACGAAAACGGAUACAACUUUAAAUCGGACAUCUGGUCCCUGGGCUGCCUUCUGUAUGAGAUGGCUGCCCUACAGAGUCCGUUCUAUGGGGAUAAGAUGAACCUGCUGUCUUUGUGCCAGAAGAUUGAGCAGUGUGACUACCCCCCGCUCCCGUCUGACCACUACUCUGAGAAGCUCAGAGAGCUGGUGAGCAUGUGCAUUAACCCCGACCCGGAUCAGCGGCCCGACAUCGUCUUCGUGCUGCAGGUUGCUAAGCAGAUGCAGCUGUGGACGGCCAGCACCUGAGCGCACCCGGGACGCCCGUGUUCCCGACUGGAGACCGCCUCGCGGACGCAGGCCAUCCUGCGCUCUUACCUGGACCUGGUCCUUUAGGGUCUGGUUCUGUUUCUGAUAGGGAAGUGCUUUGAAACACUCCGAGAACGUUUGAGAAGGGGGUGGAGUGCACCAGUUUUUGUUCAUUUUCUUUUUUGAAAAUCUUUUUUUUUUUUUUUAAUCAGGGCCUAUACAGUCCCCUUCAACAGUGCGGUGGUUAUUUGCAAAAAUGAAAAAAUAAAAUCUUGAUACAAAGUGCUGUGAUUGGUGGAAAGGAAGAUGGGAGGUCAGGGCCUUGUCCCGAUUUACAGAAGGACAGAACAGUCCGUUUGAUUAUGGCGACACAGAGACCUCUGCAGGUGGUGAGAGCUGUUGCAUUCCAGAUUGCUCUCUCCCUCGUUCCCUUUCUAGGGGCUGGUAUUGAUAGGGCUGGUCCGAACCAUUGGGAUGGAGUGAUGCUCCUCUGUAGUCUGUCUGAAAAAAAACUAAGGUCUGUGCUCUUCAGCAGUAUCAAACUGGCCUGUCUGCUGUCUCCAUCCUUAAUUUAAGUACGAUCUGUGAUACUUGCUGUUUCAGUAAGUCCCACUGAGGGCACGGCAGGUGACAACUAGAAUGGGAAGCGGACACUAGGAUGGCAACACUCUUUUGAACAGCCCGUUGGGCGAACUCCACCCACCACAAUUAGACUCCACUCAGACGGGCUGCUACCGAGCAGCUUUGGCCGAGUACAAUUUCACCAUUUUGGAGGCGUUUUCAUUGUAUGUGUAACGGUGAUUCACCCAAACCCAGUCACUACUGGUUUUCCGUUCUUGUGUUGUCCUUUUUUUCUAUGUUAUUUUCCCCCUUGAUAUGCAUGCGAUAAGAACUCAGUAAAAAGAAUGUAACUCUGAUGUGUCUUUUACAUAGCGUUAGAACGAUAUACAAGUUAAGCACAAGAUGACAUAUAAUUCUGUAACCAGUUAACCUUGAAGACAUGAAUCAAGAGGCCAUUUUUAUUUUAGCACAUUAAUAUCGCCUCACACAGUGGUUCUUCACUUCUUUCAUGUAUUGCGUGUAUGAGACAGGGGCUCAUUUUGAUGCAUUUGUAAACCAUUGGCAAAAAUGGUGCUGUUUUCCUAUGUUAACCUGUCCUGUGUGGGCUUGAUCGUGUGACCUGAAACUGAAGUGCCUCAGAGAUAAUGCCCUUGCCCUCCCUUGCAUCUCUCUUGCCCUAGAUAUGCACACUCCAUAUAGUGAUCACUUGCUGUGGGGAGAAGGGAGUGAGAGCAGUUUGGAAUGCACCCGCAAACUCAAACCACGCGAAGGCCCCAGCAGAAGGGGCUGCUUUUACUAUUUUCAUACUAAUUGUGCAUUUUAAUGACUGCAUAUUAAGUUUUCCUUUUUGCUAUCAUAUUUUUAAUGCUUAAGCGUUUUGUCAAUGCUUUGUAACCAUAGCACAGGAACUCCUAUAAAAUAUAAAAUAUUGUAAAGGCUCACUGCUGGUUUUCCACCAAAUUCAGUUGUCUGAAAGCUUCAGUGGACUUUUUGCAUUUGGUGGUUUGGAGUCGCCUGCUGGAAGAUGCCAUGGCAACGGGUUUUGGCUUCCUUUGCUGAUGUAAUAACUGUGUGCUGUGUCGUUUCCAUGUCAUAAACUGUGAUGACAGAAAAAAGACAAAAACGGCAAAUGCCCUUCUGCACAAACCCAGACAGGAAAUGUUCCGUUGGACUGUAAGGUUAUGAGAAACUCCAGCGACACAAUGUGUCACGAGACAGAGCAACCCGUGUGCCAGCCCUGCUCUGUGCUUUCUGAUUGGACGACUAUCGCUGUGUGACAACUGUCAAUGAGAGACGCACGGCCCAUCCGUCAGUGAGCAAGAAGGGGAGGUGAUCAGGUCGCUGUGUGGGACUGGCCUGUCAACCCCUGAACUGUGCCUCCUCUCAACACCCUGUCCCCCUGCAAGGGACAGACUGACACUAGAGGGUGGUGUAACUCUCGGAUUCCUCUCUUAGAUGCGAUCCUCACCAGGCCUUGGAUUCAAACUGAGUGCAAGGGAACAGCAGGGGAUCAGGUGGCUCAAGGAAUUGUGGGAUUCACACUUUUGGGACAGAAUUACAUUUUUUAAUUUUGUUACUUGUAGAAUUAUUCUUUUUUUUUUAAGCAGGACACUAUAAAUGCAGACAUAAAUCUUAUUCAGAAGUAUCUUAUUCAUUUUAAUUCAGAAGUUUGAGUGGAGAGGGGUAGACUGCAGGUUAAUUAGUAUUAAAUCUUAUGGCAGA